AUGUCAUUCACUCAGCACUUCCUCGUGGGUCUGGAACGAAAGCCGUUCAAUGUCCACUCAGAUCUGGCCGUCCAACUUUCCCCCGUCUUCGCCGCCCUGAUCAACGGUAGUAUGGUCGAGAGUGUCGAAAGACGGGUUGUCUUGGACGACAUCGACGAAGGGACCUUUCUGCGCUUCUGCGAAUACGCCUACAAGGGAGACUUUUCGGUCCCUCCGCCCAAAACUGUCGUGGACCAGGAACUGCCGUCGUCACCACAAGUGGAAACAGUCGACGAAAAGUUCACUUCGAGCCAUAACAGGUCUCUCUCCACUGAUGUUCCUGUUGGAAAAGUCCUCGAUGGCGAUAAAGGAGAAGGGUUCAACGUAUUGGCACCGGGUUUGUGGCCACCGGUCCGGCGUGACCACCACAAACCAGCUUGGAGGCACCAGAUUUCUCGGCCAGUCUCGUGGCUGCGAGGGCGAAGAACAGUCCGCACCACCGACAAUCGCGUGAGGGACUCCCUGGUAAAACCUGCAGUCGUCUCAAAUCUCCCCGAUCCAGGCUCGAAGCUGGCCGCCGACUGGGCCAAGUUCUGCAACGCUUCGACAGACUGGGACGGCCCUCUUUUUCGACCGUACAAGAACUACGCGCCCUCGGAGAGCCUGACGGAGAUGCUCCUGUCCCAGGCGAGACUGUACGUCUUUGCCGACAGAUACGUCAUUGAGUCGCUCAGAUCGCUGGUUCUGUACAAGAUGCGCCGUUCAUUAGCCUCGCUCAAGCUGUUUCCCGAGCGCGUACCGGAGGUGUUCCUGCUCGUCCAGUACGUCUAUGAAAACACAAGGGAAGGCGACGACCUCAGGGCCUUGCUGACGCAAUUCAUCGCCUGCAUGAUCACCGUUUUUCUGCAACACCCCGACUGGGACGGAUUCAUUCGCCAGCAGCACAUUUUCACCAUGGAUUUGUUGAAACAUUUGAGAGAUAGUGUGGAGGGUGCUGGCUGCGCCACGAAUACCAGUGGUUAUCAAGCACCAUCACUUCAACCUGUCGGCUACGGCCCAGCUCCGCGAGGAAGACCACCACCAGCAUUUAUGGAGGACGGACCCGCAGUGUCUCUGGCCGAGCAUAAAAUCCAGGACGUGCCGCCUAUGAGGCUGCCGCACGGAGAUUGGGCAUCAAAAACCAAGCUCCAGAAUUUGGUGGUUCUCAACGACCCUCUCUGGCGGUGGGUCGAUGCACGAUCUCACCAGCGCCUUCGCCAACUGAGUAAUGGCGACGGCGGGCGUCAUCAACGACGCGAUCUUGCCGAGAAAGAUGCUCUCAUCGCGCACGACCCCACCGGGACGGAGCACGAUUGCCUCAAACAUAUCUGGAUGGGUAUCGGCGAUGUCGAGCAAACCCCAUUCAGCAGCGCCCUGGGGAAUGAUGGAACAUCAGUAACGAUCGUGACAAGGUAA